AUGGGAUCUCUUCCAGCCGAUCGUCUACUUGCUCAGCGCCCCUUUUUGGUAGUAGGUGUUGACCUAUGCGGCCCAUUUUAUACUUCGUACCGCAUUCGUGGAAAGGCACCUUACAAAACCUAUCUAGCAGUAUUUGUUUGCUUUUCAUCGAAAGCAGUACAUGCGGAAUUAAUAUCAGAUUUAUCAACUAAUAACUUUGUUCUCUCUUUGAAGCGUUUUAUUGGCAGACGUGGCAUACCGUAUCGUAUCUACUGUGACAACGCCACAAAUUUUGUGGGCGCACAGGCGCAGCUGAAUGAAUUAAAGCGUCAGUUCUUCAACCAGCAAUCAGUAUCUGAUUUGGAGCAGUUCGGCAGCGUUCAUGGGUUUGAAUUUCGAUUUAUCCCACCGCGAGCUCCUCACUUUGGGGGAUUGUGGGAAGCUGCUAUAAAAUCAAUGAAGACUCUGCUGGUAAAAUACAUCUCACAGUCUAACUUAACAUUCGAAGAACUUCAGACAGUAGUGAUUGAGGUAGAGGCCAUAUUGAACUCGCGACCUCUUACGCCUUUGACUGACGACCCAAAUGAUGGUGAGGCGCUUACUCCAGCACAUUUGCUUAUAGGGACUUCGUUGAAAACACUGCCGGAGCCACAACUCAACGUCAUAAAGGAGUCGCGUCUAACUAGUUGGCAGCGUAUCACUUACUUAAAGCAGCGAUUAUGGGACUUGUGGCGUCGGGAUUACCUUCAUACAUUACAAGUGCGGUCGAAGUGGCUUGAGAAGCAAGAAAACAUCGUUCCUGGUCAGCUUGUUAUGAUUCAUGAUGACAAUUUGCCACCCCAACAAUGGACACUUGGUCGCAUCACAAACACGUCCCCAGGAGCAGAUGGCCGUGUACGUGUGGUUGACAUUCUCACAAAGCGAGGUACUCUACGGCGCCCAGUGCACAAGAUAGCUCCUUUGCCGAUUGAAUAA